AUGCCUCCGCGCGUGCCGCCUCGCUUCCAAAUCCGUAUAAACUCCCCCAUUCAGAUUCCAUGUUCUCCAUUUCGCCGCCAUCACUGUCGCCUUCAGCGGACACCCGGUUUCCCUUCCCUCCCUGUCCCGCAACCUGCCCCCCGUCUCCCCCGUUCCCCCCACGCCCCGCCUCCCGUCUCCCCACCAGGCAUGUUCACCAACAGCGCGAGCGCCAUUGUGGUGGGCCUCGUGCUUGAUCGCACAGGACCCCGCCGCACCACACUCAUUGGCACUGUCAUCUUCGCUCUCGGCCUCCUCGCCCUCGCCGGCGCCGGCGCGUUCGCGCCCGGGGCCCACAAUGACGCCGCGCCUGACGCCGCAACGCCGCCCAGCGUCACUAAUAGUACUGAUAGUAACAGUACCGCGAGUGCCACUGUGGUAGUGCCAGCCGUGGCAGAACCCGCGAACACGAGCGUUGCUGCCGCGGCGGUCAGUACGCAGCCCCCACGGGGGUUGAUGCGCAUCGACGGAGCGUGGCGGAACGGGGAACUGCCCCUACCAGAGGGUUCGUGGGCGCAGCUGACCGGGGGAAAGCGGGGGACGCAUGGGGCGAGAGAAGGUGCUCGCAUGGUGAAGGUGAUGGGCAAAGGGGGGGCAGCACGGGAGGAGAGGGCAGGGUGGGUUGAAGGACAUGCUUGCUGGCGCAGGAGUGGAGGUUGUCCGGGGGAGCAAGUGAUGCGCGGUGACCAAGGCGUGCAGCGGCGCAAGCUGGAGGCGGAGGGGCAGGGGGAAGCAGGGGGGACGGCGGAGGGGAGCAGCGGGGGGAAGGAAGCGGCGUCGGGGGUGUUCUUCUUUGCCGCAUUCUUCCUGCUCUCCCUCGGCGGCCCAUUCAUCUUCACCUCCUCCCAUCUUCCUUGUCCUCAUCCUCCACCAGCUCCUCCUUUCCUCCUUCCCCUCUCCUCCCCACGCCCCCUUCUCCAGAUCAACUUCUGUGUGCUCGUGCCGCGCCUCUCGUCCGCCAUCAUCAGUGCACAGUCGGGCGCAUUCGAGGCAUCAUCGCUCAUCCUCUUCCUGCUGGGCCUCGCCGUCACGCGCCUGCACCUGCCCCUCUCCGCCCUCGCCCUCGCCUACUGCCUCGUUCCCCUCGCCCUUGCUGCUCUCGCUGCUGCUGCCUUCCCCAACUCCCCCUUUGGCGCGGCAAAGGCUGCUGCAAGUGCCGGGAGGGGGGAUACGCGCGCGGAUGGGGGUUUGGAGGACGCUGCUGCAGCGAGAGUGCGUGUCAGGGGGGAUGGGGGAAGAGACGGAGCGGAGGUAGGGGCGGGCGGGAAAGAAGAAGAGUCGGAGGGGGAAGGGGAGGGACAAUUGGUAUUGGUGGAGCGUCCUGUGGGGGGGGAGGGAGGGGGGAUAGGAGUGGCAGGUGACUUUAUAGCUGAAGACGAGGGGAUAGAGGAGUGCUUGAGUAGUAGUAGCAGCAGCAGCAGUGAUAGCGGAGGGGAGAUAGGCAGUGGGGGGAGGGAGAGGAAGGAUAGCGUGAUAGCAAUGGUGUACAGUAGUGGGUCGAGUGACGAUGACGUGGAGAACGGCGGGAAGGAUGGGGGGGAGGGAGAAAUGGGAGGAGAGGGGGGAAGGGGAGAGGAGGAGGGGAGUCAGUCGCCACUGUACUGGGUGGACGUGGCAGUGUCGGCAUACCUUGUGCUGCGCUCCAACUUCUUCAUCGCUGCCGUCAACACGCACAUCCGCUACACCGUGACGACUCUCCUCAGCAUCCCGCCCUCCACCGCCACCACCGACCUCCCAUCCGAUGCGGCCGCACAAAUCACGCGCUACAUAGACAUAUUCAACAUAGUGCUGGCAGCGGGGGGGGUGGUGGCCGUGCCGCUGGCGGGGUGGAGCAUGGAGCGCCCAGGGCUGCCCUUCUCCUUUGUCCUCACCACGCUGCUCUGCGCGCUCUGCUCUGCUGUUCAGAUGAUGGCCGCUUGGGUCCCGCUUCCCAUGCAGCUGGUGGCGUUCCUUGCCUUCGCCAUCGCCAGGGCAUUCAUCUACAGCACAAUGGCGGCAUAUGUCGGCACUCUCUUUGGCUUCCGCAACUUUGGCCGGCUGUAUGGGAUCAACCGGCUAGGAGGCGCAUUCCUUACAUUGUUACAGUACCCUCUAAUGAGUGCUUGUGAGUCAUCCAUGGGAGCUCAGUUCGUACUGGUGAACGGUCUCUUCCUCGCUAUAGAGUUGAUACUAACAGCCACGUUUCCAUAUUACCUCUCAGUAGCUAUGUACGGUUAUUUCUGGAGACCACUGCCAAGAACAAGCAUCAUCUACGGGUAUUCCGGCAUCCUGCCGGUGCUGGUGGCGGACGUGGGCGCGUUCAGCGACGCGUGCGGGGCGGGGGAGUCUGUGCCGUGCGCCGCCCAGAUGAACCUGCUCAACGCCGCUUACACCCUCAUCAUUGCACACACACGUGUCAUCCCACCAGGCAUGGUGACCAACAGCGCGUGUGUGCUGCCAGUGGGGGCGUUCCUCAACGCCUACGGCCCGCGCACCACAGCCAUCAUCGCUUCCCUUCUGUCCCAUCUGCUCUCUGCCUUAUGUCCCCUGCAUUUGCAUGUGUUCAUGUGCCAAUGUGCUGACCUCCUCUCCCCCCUCCUGCUUCGCCCUCUCCCCCCGCCGUGGCCGCUGCACUAUUGCCCCCAUCGUUUCGAGCAGUCAGACAAUCUCUCCCAGCCAUUAACAGGGCGCCAUUUGGAGGGGGCCCCAGGGGACAGGGACAGUGCAUGGGAUGGGGGUGGCAUGGCCGCCCGGGGCGAGGGUGCUAGGAGGGGGGGAGAGGGGAUAAGAGGGAUGACAGAAGUGUUGGGAUGGGUGGCAGGGGGGUUAAGAGGGGCGAAGAAGGGCGUCGGAGUUGCCGGGGUGUGCUUCUUUGCAGCUUUCUUUCUGCUGGCGCUCGGAGGGCCCUUCAUCGUCACGCCCAUGAUCAACUUCUCUGAGGUCCUCCCAUCAUCAGCAGCAGCGGUCAUAGCAGCACAGAGCGGCGCCUUUGAUGCCUCUGCAGCCGUGCUCUUCCUCUUCGCCCUCGCCGUCUCGCGCCUUCACCUCGCCCUCUCCUCCGUCUGCCUCGCCUAUCUCGCCGUGCCGCUUGCUAUAGCUGUCGUCGCCGCCACCACGUUCCCCGAUGUGUGCGACGAGUCGGGUCUGAAUCCCUUUGGUGCCUCACCCGCUUCAGAGUCGCACGCCACUCCUCCAUCCACCUCCACCCCCCCCUCCUCCACGCCACCCCAUCCCGACUCGCUCUCAUUGCUCACCGCGCCUCUCCUGCAACCUGCAAGCGAGGAGCAUUCAAGCAAGUCGCAGGGAAGCAAGGAGCAGUCAUCGCAGGGCCAGUCAGACGAGGAUGAGGGGGAGAGGGGGCAAGCGAGGCCCGCUGUGGGAAGGAGUGGGGGGGGACAUGACGACGCACGCGGGGAGGAGGAGGGAAUGAGGGGGGUGAGAGAGGGGGCGGCAGCAGGGCUGAUCGAAGUGAGGCGAGGGGACGAGGAGGGAGGGCGUAGUGGAGGGCGAAGUGAGGGAGCGCGGGGGCCGAGGCGCAGUGGGGAGUUGGAGCGGCUAUACCUGCUGCGCCUCAUGGGGGCUUCUGGGAGUGAUAAGGCUUCUGCUGGGGAUGCCGGUGGUGCGAGCAGUGUUGCUGCUGCUGACGAGCUGACCACGUCAGCAUGCCACGUGGCGCUGCCAGCUGUCACAGGGCGGGGCAGCAGCAUCCCGGUGUCUCCCAGUCUGCCCAUCGUGUGGCUCCACGGCCGGAGCACCCCGUGCCUGCCGCCCCCUCCCGCCAUCUACAAUGCCGACAUUGCCAUCCAGCUCAGGUCGCCGCUGUUCUGGGUGCACGUGGGGGUGGCGGCGUUCUAUGUGCUGCGCUCCAAUGUGUACAUCGCGGCUGUCAACGACCAGAUCACCUUCGCCGUGCACGCCAAGGCCAUCCACCCGCCAUCCACAGCAGCAGCAGUGCAGCACUACAUCGACGCCUUCAACUGCCUGCUCCCGCUGGGCGGCUGUCUCAGCGUGCCUCUGGCCGGCUGGAGCAUCGACUCCCUCGGCCUGCCGCCCGCCUUCGCCAUCACUGCCGCCCUGUCGCUCCUCUCCUCCCUGCUGCUGCUCCUCGCCCCCAUCCUUCCACUAGAUGCCAUGCUCCUGAGUUUCGCGGCAUACAGCGUGGCGAGGGCGUUCAUCUACAGCACCAUGGCGGCGCUCAUCGCUUCCCUCUUUGGCUUCCGCAACUUUGGCCGCCUCUACGGCCUCACACGGUUCAUUGGGGCAUUCGCCGCUCUGCUGCAGUACCCCCUUAUGAGGUACGGAGAGGAGGCCAUGAGGGGGGACUUCACGGGCAUGACAGCGGGGUUCAUGGCAUGUGAGCUCGCCCUGGCCACGCUCUUCCCCCUCUACCUCACCCACUGCCUCUUUGGCUUCUUCUGGCGCCCCAAGCCCUGA